ACAGAUGAGAAGCAGCACCGGCACAAGCAUCAUAAAUUCAUAGUCGCUAGGUUUAUUGUGAUACCUUUUCACUAAAAUUGAAUUCUUUUUCAAGUUUUAAACUUGUUUCAGUUGGUGUCUUAGAUUAAUCUUUAGCAUUGCGGCAUAUCACUAUGCACUAGCAAGAACAGUUAUAUGAUUUCAACUACUACAACUAGUGAUUCAAACCAAAGAGUGAUAAAUUGAACCUUGCCUACAAUACAAUACAAAGUGUGCCUGCCAAGUCACACCGACAAACCUUGCUUUGGUCUUCUCAUCCUGUUUUCAAGUAGCCACAGGUAUGACCUUUUUGGCUUGUGUUUUCUCCUUUCCAUAAAUUCCAAACAUCAAGUUCUUCAAGAAAUGAUACUGAUGGAGACAUCACAUCUAGGAUUCACUUACUCUAUAUAUGAUGCAUGUUUGUAAUGAUCUUCAAAUUCUUACUCAUACAACAGCUAGUUUCAAAUCCAAUAAUGUUCCCUGCUUUGUGGAACCCACCUGAGCGUACCUUAGGCGUUAGGACUCACAUUUUUGCAACUUUACUCCUACCCUUGAAUAUUCUAUCCACUUCUCAAUAUUGAUCAGAACAAAAACUUAACUUGGCUUUAAAGCUUAGUAAUAGAUCAGAAACAUGGUCUCAACUUGCACACUACUCUUUAGGGUGAUCACAUAUAUAAUGUGGUCCAUAACUAAAACAGAAUGUGCAUUCAAUACCUGGUUAAUAAGCUUGCUAUGGAGAAUCAAAGGAGUGUUAUUACCUUGAUCCUUUUUCUGAUCCUUACUAAAAGCGUAAGUUCAACUGAAUUUGAUAGCAGUGAAUAUGAAGAAGGGGAAAGCCAUUCCAUAUCCUUCCAAAGCUCUAGGAGCGAAAUGGGAGAUGUCGAAGAAGGUGAAUGGGAGAUGGUGCAAACCAAGGGAAACCAAUUUGUGGUGAGGGACCAACCUUUCUAUGUGAAUGGAUUCAACACAUACUGGCUGAUGGUAUUUGCUGCGGAUGAGUCCACCAGAGGAAAGGUCAGUGAGGUGUUCAAGCAUGCAUCCUCAGUAGGCAUGACAGUUUGCAGGACUUGGGCCUUCAACGACGGUCAAUGGCGAGCCCUUCAGAAAUCUCCAUCAGUUUAUGACGAACGCGUCUUCAAGGCACUAGAUUUUGUGGUGAGUGAAGCAAAGAAAUACAGAAUAAGGCUCAUACUGUCAUUGGUAAACAACUGGGAGGCUUAUGGCGGCAAAGCGCAGUAUGUCAAAUGGGGAACUGCUGCCGGCCUCAACUUGACCUCCGAUGACGACUUCUUCUCACAUCCAACUCUCAGAAGCUACUACAAGAACCAUGUUAAGACGGUGCUCAACAGAGUAAAUACGUACACAAACAUCACCUACAAGGAAGACCCUACAAUUUUCGCUUGGGAACUCAUGAAUGAGCCUCGAUGUAUCUUGGAUUCCUCAGGUGAUACAUUACAGGAAUGGAUAAAAGAAAUGGCAUUCUAUGUGAAGAGCAUUGAUACAAAGCACCUAGUGGAGAUUGGUCUUGAAGGAUUUUACGGACCCUCAACACCUCAAAGAGUUCAGUUCAACCCAAACGUAUUUGCUCAACAGGUUGGAACUGAUUUUAUCAGGAACCACCAGGUUCUCGGUGUAGACUUUGCUUCUGUUCACAUCUAUCCAGACUCUUGGAUUUCACAAUCAAUUGCUGAUACCCAUCUCCCAUUCAUAAAGUCUUGGAUGGAAGCCCACAUCGAGGAUGCUGAAAAGUACCUUGGAAUGCCCGUUGUUUUUGCCGAGUUUGGUGUAUCUUCAAAAGAUCCUGGUUACAAUUCAUCAUACAGAGACAACCUCAUAAACACAGUGUACAAGACCAUCCUUAACUCCACAAAGAAAGGAGGUAGCGGGGCUGGAAGCCUUUUGUGGCAGCUCUUUCCUGAUGGAACAGACUACAUGGAUGAUGGAUAUUCAAUUGUUCUCUCAAAAUCUCCUUCCACCUCAAGCAUCAUAUCCCUUCAAUCCACAAGGCUUGCUCUGUUCAACUCCUUGUGUUCUAAGAGAUGUCACUGGAGUUGUAAGAAGAAAAGCAUGUUCCAAAAAGUACUAUAUCAUGAUGAGCUCUAACAGCAUGUGGUAAAAGUCACAAAUGGUAUUAUAGUCAUAUAACCAUGCAUGUGUUGAUAGAAGUGGAUGCCACACAAGAGUCUCAACUUCAGUCUUGAAAUGAUACUAAAAGAAAGUAAAGAGACUGGAGAUUCACCAUCCCGUUCUGCUUGUGUUGUC